ACUGUUAACUGUGUUAACAGUCAACACAGAGUGGGUUUGUGUUUGCAGGCGGUGAUAUACAGCAGAAUUAACUGCAGGGUGGUGGCUAUGGACCUCAGGGCCCAUGGUGAGUGGCUAACUCUCCCUCAUGAUAACACACAUUCCAUCUGGUUACCUCAUAUUCAUGGUCUCAAUAGUAUUAUUAUUUAUUUAUUUACUAUUUUCUGUCCCACAAAGGUGACACCAAAGUAAAGAAUUCUGACGAUCUCUCAGCGGAAACAAUGGCCAAGUAAGUUGCCAGGUCAGGAAUGUUUUCUCUGUAAUCUGUCACACUCAGAGAUGAGUGUUACGCAGGGUGAGUGAUGGGGAAGAUUUUGUGUUGUUGAGAUGGGAGGGAACCGGACACGACCGGAGGCAGUGGUGGAGGUGUACUGUAGCGGGGUGGAGAGAACCUGCUGGAGAGAGAGGAGGACUGAGUCAGUUGAGCUAUCAGCUGCUGUACUGUAGGGGGGUGGAGAGAACCUGCUGGAGAGAGAGGAGGACUGAGUCAGAUGAGCUAUCAGCUGCUGUACUGUAGGGGGGUGGAGAGAACCUGCUGGAGAGAGAGGAGGACUGAGUCAGAUGAGCUAUCGGCUGCUGCCUCCCAUUGAGACACUGAUCUGCUGUUUGAUGCAAGGAGAGAAAACAGGCUUGCUGCAACCCCAGAAUAGUCUUGUUUACAUUUAACAAAGUGCCAGUGGGAAGAAACUGAUAUCUCUUUCCAUCUCUGCUCUGGAAACUUAGGGAUAGAGAUUUCUAUAUUGUCUAUCUUCUGUUGGGUGUGAUUGUUUGAGGAGCUGGAUUAGGCUGGUUUGUAUGGGUGAGAUUGUUCCAGCAGUUGAUUUAUGCUGGUUUUGUCUCCUCUCUCCACCAGGGACAUUGGCAAAGUGGUGGAAGCACUCUAUGGAGAAAACCCACCUCCGAUCAUGAUGAUUGGACACAGCAUGGGUGGAGCUAUAGCAGUUCAUACCGCUGCAGCAAACCACGUGCCGUCGUUACUUGGUCUGUGUGUGAUUGAUGUCGUGGAAGGUGAUUAUGGUAUUUGUGUUUGUCUCAUGAUCGGGACUUGUCAUUUGAUGAUCAAACAAGCAGCAGUUGAGGAGCUGACAUAAGAUUAAUUGAUGUAUUCAUUGUUUUAAACUGAUAUGACACUAGGUGUAGUCAUCAAUUUAUUGAUUGAGUGAUUAGUUCAUAAUAUUUCCGCUAUUGUGUUUAUUCAGGCACAGCAAUGGAUGCCUUAAACAGUAUGCAGAAUUUCCUCAGGAGUCGACCAAAGACCUUUAAGUCUGUGGAGAAUGCCAUUGAGUGGAGGUGAGAUGCUGUCCAUACAUGCAGAAGUGUAAAAAUACUCAGCAAAUGCUUUACUAAUAGAGCGUAAUCCAAGUAAUGUGUUCUCUGAUCUUGUCCCUCCCCCAUCAGUGUGAAGAGUGGACAGAUCCGAAACGUUGAGUCAGCUCGUGUGUCCAUGGGAGGCCAGGUGAAAAAGUAUGUCUGGACCUGGGAAAAACGGGCUCAGAGGACAAAGACCUUUUUAAAUGAAUCAACUUCAAGAUGUGACUUUUCAGGACCUGUAACUAAACACAAGUUUUGACCUCCUCCAUAGAUGUGAGGAACCCCUCAACAGUCCAGGCGUCUCCAAGAGCAUCAGCGACGGCAUUAUUGAAGAGGAAGAGGAGGAAGAAGAGGAAGGAGAAUCCAACCACAAAAGGAAGAAGGAGGAUGACCAAGAGGUUAGGGAUGGGAUGAUUGGGGGAAAAUGUAAUGUUUAUUUUUUUAAAUAUAUUUUAUACCCAUUUAUUCGGGUGGGUUUGUAUGUAUGGAUCUUAUUAGGCAUUAGUAGUUGGUGUAUACAUCUGGGUGCAUAUGUCAUCUUGGGGGAGUGUGUAUGUCAUUUCCCACCUUUACACGGUCUGUUGUAGUGUGUACAUGAAGAGUAAAUGAAGGUUAACUGUCUCUUGGCUUUCUUAGGUGAAGAAGGAGACCAUUUAUACCUGGCAGAUUGAUCUGUCAAAGACAGAGAAGUACUGGGAGGGCUGGUUCAGUGGCCUGUCUGCCCUCUUCCUUUCCUGCCCUGUGCCAAAACUGCUCCUGCUCGCUGGUGAGUCCCUCGAUUCAGUACAUUUUAAUCCACAUGAUUUUAAAUGGGGUUUUCAAUAUACAGUUGAAGUCGGAAGUUUACAUACACCUUAGCCAAAUACAUUUAAACUCAGUUUUUCACAAUUCCUGACAUUUAAUCAGAAUAAAAAUUCCCUGUCUUAGGUCAGUUAGGAUCACCAUUUUAUUUUAAGAAUGUGAAAUGUCAGAAUAAUAGUAGAGAGAAUGAUUUGCUUGAUGAUUGAUGCUUUUAUUUCUUUCAUCACAUUCCCAGUGGGUCAGAAGUUUACAUACACUCAAUUAGUAUUUGGUAGCAUUGCCUUUAAAUUGUUUAAACUGGGUCAAACAUUUUGGGUAGCCUUCCACAAGCUUCCCACAAUAAGUUGGGUGAAUGUUGGCCCAUUCCUCCUGACAGAGCUGGUGUAACUGAGUCAGGUUUGUAGGCCUCCUUGCUCGCACACGCUUUUUCAGUUCUGCCCACACAUUUUCUAUAGGAUUGAGGUCAGGGCUUUGUGAUGGCCACUCCAAUACCUUGACUUUGUUGUCCUUAAGCCAUUUUGCCACAACUUUGGAAGUAUGCUUGGGGUCAUUGUCCAUUUGGAAAACCCAUUUGCGACCAAGCUUUAACUUCCUGACUGAUGUCUUGAGAUGUUGCUUCAAUAUAUCCACAUAAUUUUCUUUCCUCAUGAUGCCAUCUAUUUUGUGAAGUGCACCAGUCCCUCCUGCAGCAAAGCACCCCCACAGCAAGAUGCUGCCACCCCUGUGCUUCACGGUUGGGAUGGUGUUCUUCGGCUUGCAAGCCUCCCCCUUUUUCCUCCAAACAUAACGAUGGUCAUUAUGGCCAAACAGUUCUAUUUUUGUUUUUUCAGACCAGAGGACAUUUCUCCAAAAAGUACGAUCUUUGUCCCCAUGUGCAGUUGCAAACCGUAGUCUGGCUUUUAUAAUGCGGUUUUGGAGCAGUGUCUUCCUUGCUGAGCGGCCUUUCAGGUUAUGUCGAUAUAGGACUCGUUUUUACUGUAGAUACUUUUGUACCUGUUUCCUCCAGCAUCUUCACAAGGUCCUUUGCUGUUGUUCUGGGAUUGAUUUGCACUUUUCGCACCAAAGUACGUUCAUCUCUAGAAGACAGAACGCGUCUCCUUCCUGAGCAGUAUGACGGCUGCGUGGUCCCAUGGUGUUUAUACUUGCGUACUAUUGUUUGUACAGAUGAACGUGGUACCUUCAGGCGUUUGGAAAUUGCUCCCAAGGAUGAACCAGACUUGUGGAGGUCUACAAUUUUUUUUCUGAGGUCUUGGCUGAUUUAUUUUGAUUUUCCCAUGAUGUCAAGCAGAGGCACUGAGUUUGAAAGUAGGCCUUGAAAUACAUCCACAGGUACACCUCCAAUUGACUCAAAUGAUGUCAAUUAGCCUAUCAGAAGCUUCUAAAGCCAUGACAUCAUUUUCUGGAAUUUUCCAAGCUGUUUAAAGGCACAGUCAACUUAGUGUAUGUAAACUUCUGACCCACUGGAAUUGUGAUACAGUGAAAUAAUCGGUCUGUAAACAAUUGUUGGAAAAAUUACUUGUGUCAUGCACAAAGUAGAUGUCCUAACCGACUUGCCAAAACUAUAGUUUGUUAACAAGACAUUUGUGGAGUGGUUGAAAAACUAGUUUUAAUGACUCCAACCUAAGUGUAUGUAAACUUCCGACUUCAACUGUAAUUCAAAUACAUUUGUCUUUGACAUUGGACUACAUCACACAUUGUUGCGUGUAAAUUUUUUCCCUUUACAGGUGUGGACAGGCUUGACAAAGAUCUCACGAUUGGACAGAUGCAAGGUGAGGACCGCCUCAGAUUAAUGUUUGUUAGGUUGAUUGUUGUUGACAAUUGUGGUUCUGAUGGUGACUGACAAUCCACUGUACAUCGUUCCCCACUCCCUGUGGUUUUACUGUAACAUCUUCUAAAUCAAAUGUAAGUAUGUUGCACAUAAAGAUUUGUGUUCCAUUUGUGUUCAGGGAAGUUCCAGAUGCAGGUGCUCCCUCAGUGUGGCCAUGCUGUCCAUGAGGACGCCCCUGAAAAAGUGAGUGGGUUUUUAAACAUCUGGGUAUGAGGCUGAACAACUGCUUGGUAAAUGUGUCUUUGUUUCCCAUUUUGUUGCGAUAGUAAGUUCAGGCCAAUAUGCAAGUAAUAUUGCACACAAAAUACUAUUCUCAAUGUCUGGGAACUAAACGGUCUGGGAACUAAACCGACAUUGCUCUUGUUUCCCCAGGUAGCAGACGCUCUGGCCUCGUUCAUGGUCCGUCACAAGUUCACUGAAUUUAAGGAGGGUUUCCUGUGGUAA